GCACCGAGCCCCGCGGCGAAGCACGUCAGAUCCCGCGCCGAGAUCCCAGAAGUGGAUGCGGCCGCGCCUGCGGCCGAGACGGUGCUCGACCCAACCGGGAAGGAAUGCGUGCUGGACUACGAGAGCAGGAAGAUGAAGACGCCAGACGAGUGGUCGAGGGCCCUCGACUCGGACCCGCCCAUCACCACGUACAUGGAUGAGGUUUUGAAAAACGAUCACGCCGCCUACCACCCGUUCAUCUCGGACCUGGCGCGAGCGAACACGUUGGGCCUCACCUGCCGCCCAAAGGAUCUGGCGACGCCGUUCUCCGCCAGCAAGAAGAGCGGGGCCCAGGCGUCGGUCUGGGACGCGCGAGUGCCGAACAGGCCGGCAGUUGGCCGCAGCUUGGCGAGGAAGGACUUCCUAGAGUGCCGCCCCUUCAUCGGCGCCUCCAGGGCGGAGAGGAGCGCGAGGCGUCAGGAGACCUCAGGCCCUUGCCACUUGCUGGGGCCCGACGAGAGAGGCUUCCUGGAGUGGAACGCGGUGGCCCCGCAGACCCAGCGCAACUACCAAGAGGCCCUGGCGGAGUUCCAGAGUUCCGCGGCUGCUCGCAGCCUCCCGCUCGCGACCGCCGCGGACGCCGACUUGGCGCUGACGAACUGCGCCGACUUCGCCUGGGGCACAGGCCUCGAGAGGGCCGUUCUGCUGAAGACCUAUGCCGCGUUAAUCUCGGAGCGCCCAGACAUCCCCCGAAAGGGGUCGCUCCGCUUGCCUCGAUUUUCGAGGGCGCCCCAGGGCUGGGAGCGACUCGAUCCAGGGCAGACGCGGCCGCCAAUCCCCUGGCAGGUCACAGCGCUGCUGGCCAGCGCGAUCUCGACCUCGCGGCCCCGGAGCGGCUCGCGCAAGCACUGCGGUUCCAACCUGCGCCCCUCGGUCCGAGGGGGCCUCGCGGACGAGAGCAUCCUCCUGGACUCGGUGGAGGUCCCGUGGCUGGGCCCGCUGGCGGCGAGGUGCCGCACCGCCGCCCCGACGAUGCUGCCCUUCGGCUCGAACGCCCAGGAGCUUGGGCGGCCCUGGCGGCGCGCGCUGCAGCUCGUGCGCCCGGGGCGGCGCUGCGCCCCCUACCAGCUCAGACGCGGCGGCCCGUCGCACGACCGCCUGUGCCGGCACUGGUCUCUCGCCGAGAUCAAGGGCCGCGGGCGCUGGGCCUCGGACUACAGCAUGAAGCGGCACGAGGCGCACGCGCUGCUGCAGCAGGAGCUCGCCGAGCUGGACGCCGCCACCCGCGAGCAGGCCGACGCGGCCGACAGGCUCCACAAGGUGCCGGAGACGGCUUCGCAGGGCUGGGACAUCGCCGACGGCUGCGGCGCGGACCUUCGGAGCCCAGACAUCAUCGACACGCUUCUGAGCCGCGUCCAGAGCGGGGCCAUCAUGGGCGCCCAUAGCCAGAAAGCUGGAUGGUCGAGGCCCGCCGCCGCUGAGAAGUGA